AUGAUCUGUAACCGAGAAACACUACUGACAGCUUGCGUGGCUUUAGCCUUAUUUGUUGCCAUUCAAGUCUUUAUUUUUGCUAUUUCCUAUAAAAACCUCCGAAAUGAUAUUAUUCAAGAAGCUUAUUUAGGACGCCGUGUUUACCCAUACAGAAAUAUUAGUGGGCAGCUACCGUCGGCUUUGAUUAUCGGAGUUCGCAAAGGUGGAACAAGAGCUUUACUAGACGCUCUGAACCUACAUCCUAAUAUACGAACUGUGAGAAAAGAAACUCAUUUUUUCGAUAUCAACUAUAGCAAAGGCCUUCAAUGGUAUAAGGAGAAUAUGCCCGUUACUGAUGGCAAGCAGAUAGUGAUCGAAAAAACUCCGGGAUAUUUUACAAGUCCGUUAGCUCCGGAAAGAGUUUUCAAUUUGAAUCCAAAGAUGAAAGUUAUCGUUAUACUUCGAGAUCCUGUACAGAGGACUGUUAGUGAUUUCACUCAAGUGUAUUACAAUAAGCUCGAAACAAAUAAAACUUUACCUAUUUUCGAGGAAGAAGUUUUCAUACCUGGAACCAAAGAACUGAAUCUGUCGUACAAGCCUAUCAGAAAUUCUAUUUAUCAUAUGCAUUUGACAAAUUGGCUUAAGUUUUUUCCUAUCAACCAAAUUUUGUUUGUAAAUGGGGAUGUGUUCCGAGGGAACCCACUGAGCGAGAUAAGAAAAGUUGAAAACUUUCUUCAAUUGCCAGCAUCAGUUUCAAUUGACCAAUUAGUUUUCAAUGAGAAGAAGGGUUUUUUUUGUUUCUUGAAAACUCCAACAAGUUCACUCAGAUGCUUGGGAAGUAGCAAGGGAAGAACUCAUCGUCAAAUACCUUCUAAUAUCUUAGAAGUUUUGAGGAAGCAACUAAUCCCUUUUAAUAACAAGUUUUAUAAACAAAUCAAUCGUAUUUAUAGCUGGUAA